AGUAUAGUAUUAGUGCAGAACAAGUUUCAUUAGGAUGUAAUCUGCAUUCGAAUGAAUUAUUUUUCAGCAACAAUUCAAACAUAUUCAAAAACUUUUCAAUUCUCAAUAGCUGUGAAAAACAGUGCUUAUUAGUAAAAUGCAAAACCAUCCACAACUUCUUAGAAGACCCUUACCUCCAAAUCUCCCUAAGCUGUCUUUAUGUCAGAAGAAAGCCCGUGCAGGAAAGACUGGUGAAACUAAGCUACCACGUGUACGGUUCAUUCCAGAUAAAACCGCUUCAUUUGAAAGAGAUAAAACUAGUUUUUCUGAUGUUCCAAGAGAUCAGUCACAACCCCCUGUUAAUAUUCGAAAUCUCUUUCUUGAUCAUCGUGUACAAAAAAGAGUGACUACUAUUUCAACAACCACAAAAUCUUCUAAGCAUGUCUAUUGGCACAUUCCAGAGACUGCUACUGGUUCCAUAUUUUUUCCCAAGUGUCGUUCAGCUUCAAGUCGAGUUUUUGGGAAAGAAACAAGCAAGAUGGAAAGUUCCAGAAAAUCAGAAGAGCCAUUAAAAAUAACAAAUAUUUAUGCUAACAUUUUAAAAGAGAUUCUGAUUCUCUCCUCAGAGUUCUCCAAGCUACCAAGUGCCCCUUCUUCAGUGCCCACUCCCAAACUCCAGGAAGUUCAUUCUGACCAGUUUUUACAAAUGAGCAGUACCUAUACUUUUAAGCAGCCCCUGUUACGUUUAAGUGCAACAGUGCCAAUCCCUGUACCGAGGACUAUACCUGUUAAAGCUGAAAGUCAGCAGUCUGACCGUUUACAAUGUCGUACAGUGACACUAAAUAUUAAAGAUUUUCCAGGUUCCAUUUUCAUACCGACGCCGGUUUUACCAAGGAAACCUCUAAGACAGUCUGUGAUAGAAAGUCGUGUAACAGAAUAUGAACAUGUAGAAAGUGUCCCAAAGCAAAGCGUGCUGAACGUAUGUGAAGGUAGCAUUAAAUCUAGAAAAAUCGAAACCUCAGUGGCACAUAUCGUACAUGGUGACGGUUUUAAGGCUGUUGUGGCAACACGCUAUGGAACAGUAACAGCCGUGACCAAGCUGGCCAUAGUAAACUGUCAAAUUCAUGGAAGAAAUGCACUUAAUCUUAAGGGCUUUUUUCUCCUGAAUUGUCCAGACCUAACACCUUUGGCUUUCCAAUUGAUAUAUCUUAAUUUAUCAUAUAAUAACAUCUGUUACUUUCCCACAGAAAUAUUCUGUCUUAAAAAUUUACAAAUACUGAAUCUGAGAAAUAAUCCUAUCAAAGAAAUCCCUUCUACAAUUCAACAACUUAAGUUCCUUAGAACUUUCAACAUCGCCUUUAAUUUGAUUACUAUGCUUCCACCUGGGUUAUUUUGCUUGUUUAAUCUUGAGGAACUUGAUAUUUCCUACAAUAGUAUUGCUUUUAUUCCAAAUGAAAUCCAGAAACUCAGAUCACUUGAAACACUGAUCGCUGAUGGAAAUGAACUGACUAGUUUUCCACAUGCAAUUUUGAAGCUUAACCUGAAAAAAAUCCUAUUUGAGAAUAAUUUCACUCAUCCUAGUUUUUGGAAGGAGAAUUCUAUGAAUAGUCCACAACGUCUUACUCAACUCACUUCUUUGUUCUUUUUAAAGAAUAAUCUACAUAAAUAUUAUAAUGUGAUCCCAGUGGAAAUUCAAAAGUUACUAAAAUGCACAUCCCGAUGUGAAUGGUGUCAUGGUCCAAUGUUCGGUGAAGGUUUUCGCAUCAUCCGAUCCUGCAAUAUUUUUGGAGUAACACAGUUUCCUGUUAUAUUUUAUGUCUGUUCCUCUUCCUGCUACAGAAAAGUAAAGGAAAGCAAUUUUGUUUUCGAUAAUGUUCCUGGUAAAAGAAUAUCUCUAAAUCCCGAGUUGAUGAAUCAUACAGUGAUUUAUGAGUCCCACUUUAAAAGCCAUUAAAGUUUACGUAUAUAAUCAUUCAUGUCUUUGAGAGCACAGGU